CUAAAACCAUCGUUACAUUUCCCAAUGCCGGUUUCAUUCUGACAACAGGAGAGAGCGGAGACGCCGUCGCGAGAAACGCCGGUGGCUCCGAUCUCUCCGCCCUGACGCCCCUCUUCGUCUCCUCUAACAUUCCCUUAAACCUCUUUUAGCUCUCUGUGUAAUCUGGUAACUCCUCUCUCUCUCUCGUCCUCCCUUUGAUUCCCGGCUAACAGUCUCACUCUGAGAAAGGCUUAAAACGCCUCAAGGCUGAAACUCCCCAAAAAAUGAGGCGUAGCUGUAGCAUUUCUCUCCCAAUUCUAGUUGUUCUCUCGGCCAUCGCGUACAUAUAUUAUACCACCGUCUUUAUUUUUAUAGAAGGUUGGUUCGGUCUGAGGACAUCUCCAGGUCUCAUGAACGCCGUUAUUUUGACGGUGACGGCGUUCAUGUGCAUCUUCAACUACGUCAUCGCGAUCGUGAGGGAUCCAGGCCUUGUUCCGGCUACUUUUAUGCCAGACAUUGAAGAUGCAGAAACACCGGUUCAUGAGAUCAAGAGGAAGGGUGGAGAUCUGAGAUAUUGCCAGAAAUGUUCCCAUUUUAAGCCACCCCGUGCACAUCAUUGUCGCAUUUGUAAAAGAUGUGUUCUGCGAAUGGACCACCACUGCAUCUGGAUAAAUAAUUGUGUGGGCCAUGCAAACUAUAAGGUUUUCUUUGUCUUUGUAUUCUAUGCUGUAAUCUCAUGCAUUCAUGCACUGGUUUUACUUUUUGGAAGUUUUGUCCAGGAUGCUCAGAAGGAUGAGGAGCAGAUCAGAGAUUCCACCAGAACCAUUUAUAUCAUUUCUGGACUUCUGCUUGUCCCUUUGUCUGUGGCCUUAAGCAUUCUCUUGGGUUGGCAUAUAUAUCUUAUUUUGUGGAAUAAGACAACAAUUGAGUAUCAUGAAGGAGUGAGAGCAAUGUGGCUUGCAGAAAAGGUUGGCAAUGUCUAUCAGCAUCCAUAUGACCUUGGUCCCUAUGAGAAUCUAACAUCAGUGUUGGGUCCAAACAUAUUCACUUGGCUGUGCCCCACGGCAAGACAUAUUGGUUCAGGUCUACGGUUCCGAACAGUCUACGACAAGAUGGUCUCUGCAUCAACCAUGAGAUAACGUUUCAAAUGGCUUAGUUUCGGUUUGUUACAAGCUAUUCUAUACUCAAGCGGGAGACGAGGGAGGCCCUUGUUCAUCAAUAGACAAAUGUAAGGUGGUCUUUUUCAACCUGCCCAGCAUGUAAAUUAUUUUCUGGGUAUCUCGUGAUUGUAAUGAAAUCAAACGAGGUCCCUUGUUCAUCAUCAUAACCCAACAUCCAAAGCCAUUGUUUUUUGUAGCUGUUACACGCACAGAUUAGGUCUUUUGAUUUAUGAAGCUGUUACAGGCAUUGGGACAUAGAGAGCAUGCAAAUGAUGUAAUUGUCUGACUUAAUAUGUGAAAAGGGAAUUGUUUUACAUUUACUAGCUUAUUUAUCAAGAAAAGGGGAGCCAAAGGAAGAGAAAAAUGGAGUGAAUUGCGUUCCACAUAAAGAGACAGGCUUGUCAUUUUUGUAAAAUUUACCUUGAGGUUGUAACUGUAAGUACAACAUUAAAUAAUAAAACCAUGUGAUUCUUUUUCUUUC